GUUUAAUAGGUUGUGUGAUAGAACUAUUGUUUCAUGGACUUCGAUCAUUUCUGGAUAUGUGCAGAAUGGGGAAGCUAUGGAAGCUAUGAGAUUGUUUGAUCAAAUGAGAAAAACCAAUGUGAAACCAGAUUGGAUUGCUCUGGUAAGCAUUCUGAGGGCUUAUACUGAUGUGGAUGACUUGGAGCAAGGAAGAUCUCUUCAUGGUUGUGUCAUCAAAAUGGGUCUUGAAGAUGAGCCCGAUUUGCAUAUUUCGCUUAUAGCAUUGUAUGCAAAAUGUGGUCAGGUGACAGUUGCAAGAUCUUUUUUUGAUCAAAUAGAGACAAAUAAUGUGAUUAUGUGGAAUGCAAUGAUAUCUGGUUAUGCAAAAAAUGGUCAUGCCGAGGAAGUAGUACAACUAUUUCACAACAUGAUCAGAAGAAAUAUACGACCAGAUUCUGUCACUGUUAGGUCUGCAGUUUUAGCUUGUGCACAAGUUGGUUCUAUUGAGUUAGCACAAUGGAUGGAUGACUAUGUUACUGCGAGUAAAUAUAGAACUGACAUCUUUGUUAACACCACCCUCAUUGACAUGUAUGCAAAUGUGGAAGUGUAGAAUUUGCUCGCAGGGUAUUCAAUCGUACAUCUGAAAAGGAUGUUGUUGUCUGGAGUGCAAUGAUUAUGGGAUAUGGAUUACACGGUCAAGGCUGGAAGCGAUUUGUCUUUUCCAAGCAAUGAAACAAGCAGGGGUUUGUCCAAAUGAUGUCACCUUUAUCGGGCUUCUCACAGCAUGCAAUCAUUCUGGCCUUGUAAAACAGGGUUGGGAGCUGUUCCAUUGCAUGAGAGACUUCGGAAUUGAGCCUCGCAAUGAGCAUUAUUCAUGUGUGGUUGACCUCUUGGGGCACGCAGGUUAUCUAGACAGAGCUUUUGCUUUUGUCAUGACAAUGCCAAUUGAACCUGGUGUGAGUGUUUGGGGAGCACUUCUGAGUGCAUGCAAGAUCCAUCGCCGUGUAACAGUGGGAGAAUAUGCAGCAAACAAGCUAUUCUCGUUGGAUCCUUAUAACACAGGACACUAUGUACAACUCUCUAAUCUCUAUGUUUCCUCGUGUAUGUGGGAUUGCGUUGCACGUGUUCGUGUUCUUAUGAAGGAGAAAGGGUUAAAUAAAGACCUUGGAUUCAGUUUAAUUGAAAUCAAUGGGAAACUGCAGGCAUUUCAUGUAGGCGAUAAGUCGCAUCCAAGAACCGAGAAAAUCUUCAAUGAGCUUCAGAGAUUGGAGAAAAGGUUGAAAGAGAUUGGGUUUGUCGCUCAUAUAGAUUCUGUUCUGCAUGAUCUGAAUUAUGAAGAGAAGGAGGAGAAUCUUUGUGUUCAUAGUGAGAGGAUUGCAAUUGCUUAUGGGCUAAUUAGUACUGCUUCUGGAACGACGCUUAGAAUCAUAAAGAAUCUUAGAGCGUGUGUAAACUGUCAUGCAGCAAUAAAGCUUAUAUCAAAGCUUGUUCAAAGAGAGAUCAUUGUAAGGGAUUCAAACAGGUUUCAUCAUUUUAAGGAUGGUUUGUGUUCAUGUGGAGACUAUUGGUGAGAGAGAUGAAGUAUGAUUUAUGAAUGGCUCAACCUCAAAACCAGCUAUUGUGGCUUGCCAUCAUUUCCCAAGAUGAAUUAACUGUUAGAAUUUGAAAUCCAAUACUUACACCAAGAUUGUUUGAAACAAUGCAUAUUGACUAAGGAAUACUCAGCAUACUCCUAAAGCUAAUUCAUGUACUUUGGAAUAGACUGCAUAGCAAUUUUAGCCAUUUGAUUGGUUGAGAAAAUGAAAAAUCUACCCUCUAAGAU